GCAGUUCGGUGUGCGGCUCGCGCGGCUGGCUCAGCGUGCGGCGCGAUGUCGGCUUUUCGCCGCAUUUCCAUGUGAGAUCCGGGCUCUCCAGGGGCUCCGCACUCGUUGUGCUCAGAGUUUGUUCAGUUUUAGUUUUAAUUUGAAUUAUCGAUCGCGGGUAGGUAGCGGUGGGAUCUCCAGCCGCCCGGCGUCACUGAGAAAGAGCGCGCAGCUCGUGCGUGAGUCGUCCCGGACCGGAGACAUGCUGGAAUCCAUACAGGUCACGGAGAGGCUCCGCUGGCCCGAGCUGGAGCUCUCCAAAAAGCAUCUCCUGAGCCCUACGGAUGUGCCAGUGAGCCCCAGCCAUGUGUGCUUGGAGAAGCUACCGUCCGGUGUGCUGAAGACCCUCCUAAACUCCACCACCUCCAGCAGCUACAACAUCCUGCUGCAGGCUGAGGAGAAGGAGAGGCGCAGCCCCAAGCAUUCACCCCACAGGAGGCCACGAAGGCCCGGCAGACCUGGGAGGUCCACAGGAAGCCGUGGGGGUCCCCGCCGGGCACCCAUCAGUUUUCUCCUGUCUGAGGCGCACGAGGGGUUUAAAGAUGUGCACCAGUCCCGCCUCUCCUCAGCCAGGUACCUCUCUGGUGGUUCACAGCCCAUCCAGGGGAUUACGGUGAGGGGCUGCCCAGUGGGCUUGUCUACACGCCCCUGCACUCUCCCCACUGGCCUUUGCCUCACUACCAGCCCCCGCACCAAGUUGCCCCUAUUGGUCAAAGGCAGCGGUACACAUGAUGGAGAGAACACCGUCAAGAAGCUCUGCAUCCUUACUGCCAUCAAGCCCUCCAAUGUGGACAAGGAGAAGGUCAAGUUCUUCAAGUCCAACUUCACCUACAACCCACAGUUUGAGUACAGUAACCCUGUCUCACCGAUGGUCUUGUCCCGGCACAGCAACGCCUCUGACAGGUUCAUAACUCAGGCUGUGCGGAUCAUGGAGCUGGCUUUGGACAAGUAUGGCACCUAUGAGAAGUUUGAGCAGGCCACUGGGGGAAAUCUUCUCUCCAAAGGCCGUAUCGGGUACCUCGUCAAGAAAUACAUGGAGAAGGAAGACUGUGUUGGGGAGAUUGUCGUCCACCUGACCGACGACCUUCUCUCCAGAGCAUCCAUGACAGUAGUAAACAGUCGACCGACGCUGACCAUUAACAUGUCCACAGCCCGGGAAUACUGGUUGGAGGGCAUGCUGCAGCAUGAGAUUGGUACACACUACCUGCGCGGGAUUAACAAUAGCCAUCAGCCGUGGAGCAACAGAGCGGGGCGCCGGAGGCAUGGCCUGCAGCCUGUGAACCCCACCGAGGAGGGUCUGGCCAGCAUCCACAGCGUGCUGUUCCGUCGCGAUCCCACGCUGUGGCGUGCCGCCCUGCUUUACUACACUGUGUACCAGGCGAGCCGGCUGUCUUUCGCCCAGCUCUUCCAGAAUCUGGGCCGCUUCGUACAAGACGCCAGCACGCGCUGGGACUACUGCGUACGUGCCAAGCGGGGCCAAACGGACACAUCCCUGCCAGGCUGCUUCAGCAAGGACCAAGUCUAUCUGGAUGGUAUUCUGAAGAUCCUCAGACACAGGGAGAAGAUUGACUUUCCCCUCCUAAUGGCUCUGGGCAAGGUGUCUUUCGAAGAUGUGGAUCGGCUGAAAAGCCUGGCAGCGAUGGACCAUGUGCGCAUCCCACACUUCCUGCAGGACCGGGCCCUUUACAUGGAGCAACUGAAGAAAAUAAUGGAAGUCAACCAUCUCACUGACGAGGAGCUGAGGACGCUCAUCUGAGUGCCUCCAAACGCCCCAGUCUUGUAACCUUAAACUGCGUCUACUGUCCUUGGUCCUUCGGCUAACCCUACUGUUGGCGGUGGCUGUAGUACGUUCUGAAAGACGCGUCUUUGUUGACAAGUGCUUUUGUAGCUCUUUGUUUCUAUCCAGUUGGCACUUCUCAGCCAAGUGCCCUUGUCCUUAUUUUCCUUCUCAACAAUGUGUCCUUCUGUUGCUUUUUUCAGGGAUCUUGAUGUGGUUGUUGUCUUUUAGGCAAUAUCUGAUGAAAUACUGGUUGUAUUUGUGCCGAUUGCCCAGUGGAGAGUCCCACAGUCUGAAUUUACCAUCCCCUUGUGAUUAAAGUCAUUGCACCAGAGGGGGUUGCCAUGUCAAAUUAGGACCCAUGAGUGAUGCAGCCCGUUUCUCUGGGUCAGAACUCCAACAGAACUCCAGCUCAUGCAGGCUGGAAGUUGCAAAGAUCCCAGCAGAUCUGUAUACGUGACCCCAUGGUGCCGUAUCUUGACAGCAUAGUCCAUCUCUAGGAUAGCGUUUGGGUCUCUGCAGAGACGAUGUGCGGCCCAUCCCGGUUCUGCCCAGUAGUUCUUUAUCUACUCUUACUCUUAUGGGGCGGUGACAAUCUGAAAACAGACGCACUAUCUCAGCACUUUUACCGUU